UUCUCGCUUCUUCGAAGCUACAACCUCCACUCCCAUCUCUUUCGGUCUCUCAUCUUCCGAGCUCCAAAUAGCCCCACUUCUUCGAAAGCUUGCAAAACCCUAAAUCUCUCUCUCCUAUAACCCCACAUACAAAAUCCAUGCGUUUUCACCAAUCCUUUCCUUGAAAAAUGGAUUUGCUACAAAAUUACAGUGAAAAGAGCGAUUCGGACGAUGACUCACAACAACGGCAGCAACCAUCAGCUCAAACUUCCCCUCCUUCAUCUCCCGAAUCUUCUCCUUCUUCCUCCCCUCUCCGAAUCUCUCUCCCCUCCAAAACAUCCGCACCGUCCGUCGACGACACCAUGCUUGCACUGACCGUAACAUCAUCCAAUCCAAGCCUUCGGAAUCUCCACAAACCCAUCGACCCUGUCCAGCAUGCCGUCACCUUCAACCCCACCUACGAUCAGCUCUGGGCCCCCAUCUACGGCCCAGCCCACCCCUUCGCCAAAGACGGCAUCGCCCAGGGCAUGCGCAACCACAAGCUUGGCUUCGUUGAGAAUGCUGCCAUUGAGCCGUUUGUCUUUGACGAGCAGUACAAUACGUUCCACAAGUACGGGUAUGCCGCUGAUCCAUCUGCCUCCGCCGGCUAUAAUUAUGUCGGCGACCUUGACGCCCUGCGGGAGAACGAUGCUAUCUCGGUGUAUAACAUUCCACAGCAUGAGCAGAAGAAGCGGAAGCUUGAGAAGAAGGCGUUGGAGAGUGAGGAGAAUGAGGAUGCCGAAGUAGGGCCCAGCGUCGAAGACCCUGCAUCGCAGGAGUGGCUGAUGAAGAAUCGGAAGAGCCCGUGGGCUGGGAAGAAGGAAGGAGUGCAGAUAGAGCUCACCGAGGAGCAAAAGAAGUACGCAGAAGAGUAUGCUGAGAAGAAGGCUGAGAAGGAGAGAGGUGGGGGCGGGGACAAGCCCGAGUUUGCUGACAAGAGCACUUUCCACGGGAAAGAGGAGCACGACUAUCAGGGGCGGUCAUGGAUUGCUCCCCCGAAAGAUGCGAAAGCCACGAACGAUCAUUGCUACAUUCCCAAGCGGUGGGUCCACACGUGGAGUGGGCACACAAAGGGUGUUUCGGCAAUCCGGUUCUUCCCAAAGCAUGGGCAUCUUCUCCUCUCAGCUGGCAUGGAUACAAAGGUCAAGAUCUGGGAUGUAUUCAAUUCAGGCAAGUGUAUGCGUACUUACAUGGGUCACUCGAAGGCAGUCCGUGAUAUCUCCUUCUCGAAUGAUGGGACCAAGUUCUUGAGUGCCGGCUAUGACAAGAACAUCAAGUAUUGGGAUACAGAGACAGGGAAGGUGAUCUCAACUUUCUCUACAGGUAAAAUCCCUUAUGUGGUUAAGCUUAAUCCAGACGAAGAUAAGCAAAACAUACUCCUCGCGGGUAUGAGUGAUAAGAAGAUCGUUCAGUGGGAUAUGAACAGUGGAGAAAUCACACAAGAGUAUGAUCAGCAUUUGGGUGCAGUAAAUACUAUUACAUUUGUGGACAACAACCGGAGGUUUGUUACUUCGAGUGAUGACAAGUCCCUCCGUGUGUGGGAGUUUGGGAUUCCCGUCGUUAUUAAGUAUAUUAGCGAGCCUCAUAUGCAUUCAAUGCCUUCUAUAUCACUUCACCCCAAUUCAAAUUGGCUCGCGGCGCAGAGUUUAGACAAUCAGAUUCUCAUCUAUAGCACGAGGGAGAGGUUUCAACUCAACAAGAAGAAGAGGUUUGCGGGGCACAUAGCAGCAGGCUAUGCAUGCCAGGUGAAUUUUUCACCUGAUGGACGGUUUGUCAUGUCUGGAGAUGGUGAGGGCAGAUGCUGGUUUUGGGAUUGGAAGAGUUGCAAAGUCUUUAGAACUUUGAAAUGUCACGAAGGGGUUUGUAUUGGAUGUGAGUGGCAUCCAUUAGAGCAGAGCAAAGUUGCGACUUGCGGCUGGGAUGGGAUGAUCAAGUACUGGGACUAAGUUCAUUUUGGCACUGAACUGCUUGGUCUUACAUCAACAGAAGACAAUUGCAGACCAUUCAGUUAGAAAGCCUGUAUAGUCCAGCGGCAUUGUUGUAUGGACUCCGACAAAUUGUAAUGCUCUUUUGUUUAUUAUAGAUUAAUGUAACAUGGCCAAACUUUAUGUUGAGUGGACGUUAACCAUCAUCGAUGUUUUCAAGCCAGUGACAGUAAGUCUGCAAAAGUGCAUAACAGUCUCUUCCCAAACCUGCCUUUUUUUUAUGGCUAUACUUUUCUGAGAAAUUUUUGAACUAGAGAUUCUAGCAAAUCAUCUUCAGGCC